GAUGACGCGCUCAUAAUUCCAAAGAAAGAAGUGGUGCCCUGCUAUACGAAAAUCCAGCAUGAACAUGAUGAAGGAGGAUAUAAUUAUGUUUCGAGCUUAAAAAUGGCAAACUCGCGUGCUUCUUCGUGGGGAUGCGUGAUUGUUUUUUGCAAGUUUGUGAUUCUUUUUAUCGAUAGCGGAAUAGAGAAAUCGUUUGGCGUUCUUAUCCCUACCAUGGUUAAGCAUCUGAAAUCUGACUAUGCAACGGUUGGAUUAAUAUGCAGUAUGCCUUCAACGUUGAUGUAUAUCCUUAGUCCUUUGGUAACACUUCUUCUUCGAAGAGCCAGCAGUCGAAGUAUUGCUAUGUCAGGGGGUCUAUUGUCUGGGAUGUGUUUUGUCAUCUGUGCUUUCUUGAAAACCACAGUUACUGUAGGCGUCUGCCUCGCUCUCUCAGGUGUUGGAUUGGCAAUGACCAACAUGCCAAUAAGCAUUGCAGUUAACGAUUUUUUUAGAGAAGAUUUUGUUUUCUGGAGUACAGUUGCGGGUUAUGGCUACACAGCUGGGGCCAUAGUACUGCCUAUUGUUACUGAGAAGUCAUUUCAAGCGUAUGGUUAUGAAGGGGUGUUCAUGAUUCUUGGCGGUGUCGUUCUUCACCUUCUCGUAUGUGGUGCAGCGAUUCGGAAAGUGGAAGGUAUCGAUGAUAAUCAAGUUAACAGUCAUGAUGAAGAGGAGAAUUACAGACGCAGGUUAAGCUCUAAAGAAGGGCCACCGAAAGAUAAGAAUAUGUUUCGUCAAAUGGAUGAGGAAUAUGAAAAGGAAGUCGAAGAGGUAGAUGAAAAACAGGAGGAUGAGAUCUGCGAAGAAACUUGUCCAGAGGAAAGACGUUUGAUUCGGCAGGGAAGCCGCUUUAACAGAAAUCAUGAAAGUUUUCCAAAUGAAUCGUCAGUCAUAUCUUGCGGACUGCUGAAGGAACGGAUCUUUCUCUAUUCAAUCCCGAUUCCUUUCUUAUUAUUUUACACAUCAUAUGCAUGGAUGCUGUUUCUAGUACCUCAUGCUGAGCAUCUGGGCAUCUAUCCUUCCAACGCUAUCUACCUCUCCACAUUAGGUGGACUCGGAGGCAUUCUCGGUCGGGCUAUUUUUAUCAUCCUUAUUCGCAAAGGCUUCAACGAGAACCAUGUAUACAUCGUGGUCGGUUUAAUCUGCACGGGGUCAUUCCUGCUUGAUUUCAUCAGUUCUGCUUAUUCAGUCCGUUCUAUCCUGGCAUUUGCCCAAGGGUUCUCUCUGUUCAUCGAGGAAUCUGCGCAUAACAGCUUAGCCAAAAGAACAAUCUUUGAUGAGGAGAAUUUCAGCAUGGCCUUGGCGACUUUUAACUUCAUGGCUGGAAUUGGUAUAGCCUGUGCAGGAGUACUUACCGGUUAUCUAUUCGAUGUCAUCCAGUCAUUCACGAUGGUCUUUAUCAUUAUCGGUGUCAUCCACGGCAUAGGUGUCAUUAAUCUUCUCAUCAUUGAGGUUUUAAUCAGAAGACGACGAUGGGAGACAGAGUUCACAUGAAUAUGCAGAAUUUUGAUUUAGUGCAAAAAUGACUACAGUUACAUGCCUGACUUGAAGUGGGGACCUGUAAAUCACCAGGGUCCCGUAACACAAAGGUUAGCAAUUAAUCGUACGCUUGAUUUUUACGAUUGAUUAUAAAGUGCGUCCCAGAAAAAACGAAACCGAGAUUUAGCGAUGAUUUAUCAUAACUUAAUCACAAAUAAAAUGGACAAAUGACCUACCAAUGUAAAGAAUCUUAGAAUCUCUUCUUUCAUCUGAUAUUACUUAGAUUAUUCCUCAUUCACACAUGAGUGAGCAAAAACAAUUUGAAGGAAGGAUACCAAAAACUUAUUUGGCGGGGGGUAUAUGAAUUUCAAAAAGAAAAUCACAUGUCCUAAAAGUUCAAUAUCUGCUCUUUAAUUUUAUACCUCAAUUACAGAAAAUGGUCAAGAAAUAACAAAGUUCUGGUUAUUUAAAAUAAGGCUUGAAUUUCAAUAAUUUCAUAAAAUUAAGAGGUUUUACAGGCUAGCGUUCAAACUCACUCGACACUCCGUUUUGUUUACGAUCAGCCAUGCAUUAAGUCUUUUGUUAACCAUGCGAUAGCUUCUGUGGGAAACCGGUGAAAACAGUUUAUUUAAUAUUGUAUAUUGUAGUCAAUGAAAUCAAUCGUUAAAAAAAAUAUUGUACGAUCAUCGCUAAGAUUUGUGAUACGGGCCCCAGGGCUCUGUAACACAAAGAUUAGCGAUUAAUCGCUAAAUGAAAUGGCCUAUCAAGAUCAUCCUUGCAAGCGCAUUUUGCUCUGUAGACUGACUAGGAACCAAUCAGAAUUGUCCUUUCAAAUUAGCGAUUACUGUAAUCGAUAUACUGUAUUCGCUAAUCUUUAUGUUACGGAGCCCGGAAGAGUGUUAUUUUCUUGUUUUUAAAUGUGUAUGAAAUUUGUACCAUCACGAUACUGAGGCGAAUAAUAUUGGAAUAUUGAUUCGGUAUCUUGCAUCCCUAUGCGUACUUGUGUAAGCACAUUUAAAUGAGGUUGUGAAUGUGUGUGCUUCUCAGACAUUGCGUGUGUGUGUGUUGGAGGGUGUGCAUGUGGGUGAAUGUGUGGUGGGCGCAUAUGUUUGUUGAUGUUUGAAUCUAGGGGCGUGUGUGAGCACACAUAAAGGCCCUGUCACAUCGUUCCGUGCAAUUAGCUCUAUUUCAAAUCUGGACCAAAAUUUUCAAUCAAAACUCAUAUGGAAGUUUAAAGAAAAAAGAGUGAUCAUAAUUAGCCUCAAUUUUUUUUUCUGACGCAUCCCCUUAAAGGAGAAUCCGAACCAUACAAAAAUUAUAUACAUGGGACUACAUAUAUUUUUUUUGUACUGAAUUUCGAUUUAAAAGAAAAUUAUUGCUUGUUUUGUAAAUCUUUUUGUUGGAUAAUCUGAAGGUGAUCAUUUUACAUCAUAUUAAAAGAAACAUUUUCAAAAGUAAGUUGCGGGAAGGGUUUAAAAAUGUCAAAUUUGUGGUGCCGGACAAAGUGUAAUGCGACUGACUGGAGUUUUUGUAUCCAAAAAAGAAACUUAAAGUUUCUUCCCAAAUUCAAAUGUCUUAUUUGAGACCUCUAUAUGUAAGUAAUGUUUUGCAGGUAUUGGUAAAAGUGUUUUGUUUUGAAAGAACUAUUAAAAAGUAAUCAGUCACUUAUCUUCAUGUCCUUUUUGUGUAAUGCGACUGACCGAUGUUUGGGACGUCAUUGCGUCCACAAUAUACAGCAUAAAAACUUUCUGUAUACAUUGUUUUAAAGCCUCGGUUGUCAAGAUAAAUUAACAGUAUAACUUGAUAGAAAGACUCACCCCUAUAAACCUGACAGCACCAAGUCCCGCACCAAGUAUUAUAAAAGACACGUAAAGGUGUAAUGCGACUGACCGUGGAGUCGCCCAUUUGUUUGUUAAGUGUGGUGUGGGUUUUGUGGGAGUGAAUGGGUCGGCGGAAGUGAGGGGAUAGGGAGGGGUAGGGGUGGAUUGGAAAUUAAAAUUAAUGAAUGUCGUUCAUGAAAAAAGAAGAAAAAAAUUAUAAAGAUUUGAGGUGAAUUAUUUAGCGUUUGAUGUAAGGUAAUGUCAUUAUGUUUAUAAAAAAUGUUUUGUUGUUCCAAGUAUUUGAAUGGG